AUGGUGUCCCUCUCAGAAGUCGAGCACUCAAACUCAUCUGCUGCAUCGACCCUCCCAUCAGGCCUUGUCGCCGUCUUUGCCGGCGCGACGGCGGGCAUCGGGGAGACGGCUCUCAAGGCAUUCGCCAAGCACACGGUCAGACCAAAGAUUUACUUUAUCGGCCGGUCUCGGGAGUCUGGUGAUCGGUUACUCAGAGAGCUGAAAGUCAUUAAUUCUGAGGGGGUGUAUGAGUUUGUUCAGGCUGAUAUGAGCUUGUUGGCGAAUGUAGACAAGGUCUGUCAGGAUAUUAAGAGUAAGGAGGCGGUUGUGAAUGUCUUGUUUAUGAGUCAAGGAACGCUCAAAUAUGGCGUUGAUACUGCGGAUGGCUUCCCUCUCACCGGGCUCACCCUCUACUCACGCACCCGUCUAACCGUCAACCUCCUCCCCCUGAUCAAGAAAGCCACCUCUCUCCGCCGGGUCGUAACCGUCAUGGCCGGCACAAAAGAAGGUAAACUUUUCCUCGAUGACAUCGCCGGCCGUAACCUUCCAAACAAAAUCCGGUCCGCUCGAGGCCAUCUCUGCACAGCCUUGACUCUAUCCCUUGAAGCUCUUUCCCGUCAGGCACCAGAGGUUUCCUUCAUCCACAACUUCCCCGGUUCAGUAGACACGGAUCUGAUUCGCAGGGACGACGGGUUGAUGAUGCAGUUCAUCAAGCAAUUCUUCCGACUAGGCACAACAGUCAUGGGAAAGUGGGUUCCCAAGGAGGAGUGUGGAGAGAGACAUGCGUGGUUAUGCCUGAGUUCAAGAUUCCCUGCCAAGAGCGAAAAUGAUGCCGAGGCUGCUGUGGGCACUGAUGGUGCAAAGGGCAGCGGUGUCUAUAGUGUCGACUGGGAUGGUGAAAGUGCGUCGACAGAGGUGAUCAAGUUGCUGGGAGAGUAUCGGGACGAGGGGACGGUGGACAAGGUGUGGAAGCAUUUUGAAGAUGAGUUUGUCAGGGUCACGGGAUCUGUCUCUAUUUGA